GUUAAGUGGUGGAGGAGGUGGAGUUAGCGGCAGAAAGGUAUUGCCGUCGCUGGUCCACCACCUUCACAGCCGCCACCACCACCGCCACCAUCCGCACCACCUCCACGUCGUCGUCGGGCUCGUCUAUACACGACGAUGAGGUGAAUUCUGCAGAUUUGACAAAGUCGUUUCAAGAACUCAGUCGUCGCCUACCCGUCCUCGUAAAUUUGGGGUACCGAUUAAAGAGCUUCAGCCCGCUCGGUCGCGCCCGAAUCCCCGCUUCCGGAUUAUCUCGAGACUCUUGCUCCUCUCUUCUCUUUCCCUCCCGGUUCUCAAAGAGUGAAACUGUUCUUCUGUUUCUUUUUUUUUUUCCUCUUCUUGUGUUGUUUGAUUGUUGUGACGCGAAAAUGUGUUAAGACACGGCGGAAGCAUGUCCACGGAGGAGAUACACAGAGGCGGCAUGCCUUCCGCGACGCUCUCGUCCGUUUUGCUCCUUCUGCUUUUCGGCCGUGCCGCGAAUGCCCAGAGAAGUUUAGAGUUCUUCGAUCUCCUACCGGAAGAUCCUAAGUUUUACGACAAAAUGCGGCCUCCCAAGAAAGAUGGUCAGGCAACCGUUGUGUAUUUUCACGUUACUGUAAUGGGACUCGAUUCCAUCGACGAAAAUUCAAUGACGUACGCCGCCGAUAUUUUCUUUGCCCAAACAUGGAAAGACAAUAGACUCCGGUUGCCAGAAAAUAUGACAUCUGAAUAUAGAUUAUUAGAGGUCGAUUGGUUGAAAAAUAUGUGGCGGCCGGAUUCAUUCUUCAAGAAUGCAAAGUCGGUGACUUUUCAAACGAUGACGAUACCGAAUCAUUAUCUAUGGUUGUACAAAGAUAAAACCAUUCUUUAUAUGGUCAAACUGACCCUAAAACUUUCUUGCGCCAUGAAUUUUCUGAUCUACCCUCAUGAUACGCAAGAAUGUAAGCUGCAAAUGGAGAGUUUGUCGCACACAACGGAUGAAAUGAUCUUCCAGUGGGAUCCCGACGUGCCUCUUGUCGUAGACGAGAAUAUCGAACUACCCCAGUUGCAGCUUGUUAAAAAUUAUACAGCUGACUGCACGCAAGUCUAUUCUACCGGUAAUUUCACUUGUCUCGAAGUCGUGUUCGUGCUGAAGCGACGUCUCGGUUAUUACUUGUUUCACACCUACGUGCCAACGUGUCUGAUCGUCAUUAUGUCGUGGGUAUCGUUCUGGAUAAAACCCGAAGCCGCGCCCGCCAGAGUCACCCUGGGAGUCACCUCGUUGCUCACUCUAUCCACGCAGCACGCCAAGAGUCAGGCCUCGUUACCGCCCGUCUCGUAUUUGAAAGCCGUCGACGCUUUUAUGUCAGUCUGCACGAUAUUCGUGUUCAUGGCGUUGAUGGAAUACUGCCUGGUGAACAUCGUCCUCGGCGAUUCGGACGCUGCACCCGCGAAACCCGCGCCACCGCCACCGCCGCCGUCUUCGAGCACCGCGGACUCGACCAAACUCGACAAGAUCUUCGACAUCGCCGCCAAGGAAAACGCAAUGUUGUUAUCCCGCCGAUCGCAGAAAUCACCGACUGGCCCACCGCCCACCGGACCCACCCCGGCCCAAAGGGCGCGAAUACGAGCGCUGAACAUCGACCGCUUCUCGCGAGUUUUCUUCCCCUUCCUGUUCGCCGUGUUAAACGUCACCUACUGGAUAAUGUUCGCCGAGUACAUUUAGACGAUAAUAUCGGGAGUACUCACACAGAAGAACGCACGGUUAAUGAAGAAACCAAGAGUAUAGACAAGCGGACGAGCUCUCUGCGACAGCGACGAGUACGA